AUGGGUUUGUCGGAGGAGGACCAAAAGAAGGCCCAGGACCUCAGAUUUCGACUUAAUGAAGAAACCAAUGCAGAGAAAAGGGCAAAAGAAUUUACCCAAGCAGUUGAGAUUGGAAGCAAUGUGAAUGACACCCAGACUGAUGUGGUUGGAUGCUGCCAAGGUGCUGGAAACUCUUGUUGCCAGAAUCCAAGUCCAAAGGAAAAAAUUAAAAGCAAUCAAGUCAAUGGAGAGGGGGUGAAGGCCUUAGAGACGAGCAACAAAGUAAGAGCAAGCAAUAGUGGCAAAGGGGCUUGCACUCGCAAGGCGUGUGCAAUGCCAACAUGGUUUGAGAGUUGUGAACGGGAGGACACAUAUGCAGCCCUUGCAGUCGUUGGGGCAGUUGUGUCAGUCGCCAUAGCUUAG